AUGCCCUCGUCUCGCUCGAGCAGGACUCCCAGCUUCACCAGCGAGCGCUCGCCCUCACUCGCCGGCUCCGUCACCUUCCCCAUGCCCACCACCACAGUGCGCCCCGCCCCCGCCUACAUUGCUGCCUCAGUCGCGUCGCAGACCGUCACCGACCACCACAAUGCCCAGCUGAGCGACAGCGACCACGACCACGACGAGCUGGCCAACGCCGUCUUCUCCGACCAGGCAUUGUCGCUGCUCAAUGGCUUCCUCGACCACCUGCUCCUGGCCUUUCUCUCUUCCGCCAAAUCCCCCUCCUUGACCGCCAUCCGCCCCGCCAUAUCCGACGUACUCAAGCCGCACCUUGCCCGCGAGGCCAUGGAAGCCGCCGACGAGGAGCUGCAGGGCUUGCUGGCCGGCGAGGACGACGACGAGUUUCCCGCACAGGACGGCAAGACGAUUGAGACGUGGGACGUGGAAAAGGUCUGGAAGCGCACCCGUCUGCGCAUCAUGGUCUACACGCGCCUGGGCGAGUUGGAGGACGAAGACGAGGAGAGAUAUGUCCAGCAGGAGCGCGGCCUCAGCAUGGAUGACGACGACGACGAAGCUGGUCUGGUGUCGUGGGCCUCGGCCAUCUUUUUGACCUCCGUCAUAGAGUACGUUGCUGAGCAGCUGCUGCUCGUCUCUGGCUCCGCUGCCUUUGGACGCCUCGAGUCGAGAAACAAGAAGACGGCUGAGAAAGCCGACACGCCCGAAGAUCCCGCCGCCAUCGAGCGCCUGACGGUUGAGGAGCCCGACGUGGAGAAGAUUGCACUCAACGCUGUACUCGGCUGCCUCUGGAGGACGUGGAGGAAGCGCAUGCGAUCUCCCCUCUCGCCCCUCUCGCCCAAGCAGCGCAUGCGCUCCGCCUCCAGCUACUCGAGCCUGCCCAUGCGCAAGUCCAGCCGCGAGACAAUCAACACGGUGCACAGCGAGCACGAACUCCUGCCCGAGCACCAGCCCACCGAGACCGACAUUGCAGCCAAUAUACCCCUUCCCAUGGGCGGCAAUGAUGUUGACGAGAUCGAAGUGCCUGGCUUGGCGCCGACGUACGAGGAUGAGGACGAGGGUCUGCAGACACCCGUCGCGCACCCGCAGCGAUCUGCAAGCGUCCUUAGGCCGACCUCGGUAGAUUUGCUCCGGAAUCGCAGAAAGGCGCGUCCCCUGUCUCUGCCCAUGCGCCCAACACCAGUGCUCGCCGUGCCCAGGCGCGGUGAGGCUGAUGAGGACGAAGAAUCCGCCCAGACUUCAGACGAAAGUGACAAGAACGACAAGCAGCUUCCAUCUGAGCAGGACUCAAACGACGAUUUGAACGACAUGAAGGCGGACGACUCCAUGAUGGCCUUCACAGCGACUACUGGCAUGGGCUUGAGGAUGGGCACUCCUGAACCCCGCGACGACAAGCAGACGGAUAAACCUGGCGGGCUCAAUGGGGUUGGCGAUACCAGCCCAAAGGUCAUGAGCUCAAGGCGAAUAUCCAUCGAUCGAUCUGGGCCCCCUGGCCUGGUACGCACCUUUUCAACCCGCAGCUCAACCCGCAGCGGAAGUCUCAAGUCGCCCCUGCACACGCCUCUGCACACGCCUGCAAUGACGCCAAAAGCAGCAACCUACUCGGAUGGGAAAUCUUCCCCGGACGACAAUCUGUCAGAAGACGAGUCCGAACAGUCAAAGGCAAUUGGUAUUGCGCGGAGGGCUGACAACGCCAUCCGAACCCCUUCUACCACGCCAGACGAGCCGCCUCGGCGACAGGGCAAGCGGUCCUUUGGUGGAGGCUAUGUGGAAGUCCAGCCUCAGAGCUCUACGCCCAUAUCCUUGUCGCACCGCGAAACCCCUUCGCCUGAUUACAAGAGUACGGUAUCGGAGCGUCUGUUGAUCCGCAACGAGAUCGCAAGAAAGCCAAUCCCUAGCGGAGAUGUUACUUCCAGCCCAUCUCAGUACGAAAGUCCUACUGGUGCCCCGUGGAGACAGGAGGGGUCUCGUUCCGUGUCCCUGGGCUCGUCGCUGCCUGCCCUGCAAGAGGUAGAGACCAGCACAGCGCAGCCUCCGAUUAAGAAGUCUGCCUCUGUACGCACGGCCAAAUCCAACUCACCUGCUUCUGACCGCCCAACUCGCCAUUCCGUCUCCGCCGGCCAGGACGGCUCCAUGCAAGUACCUGACCGACGACUACACCGCAUCUCAACUGGGGAGUCAAUCCGCUCUCAGCCCUCUGAAAAAUCGCCUUCCGACAGCACGUCGUUGAAGCGCGGUGCUUCGACAUCGUCUUCUCUCCGAAAGCAGAGCGUAUACCCAAUCUCUAGCGGGCGAGAAUCAGUAUCUAGCUAUCGCUCACGAGGCCUGAGUGGUCGCAUGUCAGAGGAAGACCGUGCUCGCGAGUUCGACUCUUUGGUCAAGGGACAGGACACUGUCAAGUUUACGUUGACACCGCAGAAUAUGCGGGACCUUGACGACACCCCGCCUCAGACGAGUGUGCAGACUCGCUCCUCGUCCACUUCUUCCGGAACUGCCUAUCCCCGCGUCAGUGCUGAAGACAAAUCUCCCAGCACGGCAAACCUACCCAGCACAACAGCACCAAAGCCCAAGCCAUCUACUGCCCAGCACAGACCUUCGGCCAGCCGCAAGGUAGUCACCAGACCGCUCGCAAGAGACCCAAAGGUCGAGACGGAAUCCAUGCGCGAUUUUGCCGACUUCAUCCGGUCUACGGGCCCUUCGCCUGGCCAGGAGAAGCCUGUGCAGCCUUUUGUCAAUAUCAAUGCACAUAAUCCAAAGUCUAAUGUCUCAACCUCUUCGCUGGCACGAAAACUAUCCACCAGGCGAUCGUCUACUAGUAAUGGAGCUGCUGCAAAGACACGCCUCAACAUGGAGCCACGCAGCCCGGCUGGUCUCAGCACUGGCAAUGGCGACCUGAUUGAUUUCAUCCGGCAGGGACCGCCUGAUGCGAAUAACGGGCAGCCUAGAAUUCCUCGGAGCGUAGCGCCGUUCCGCACCACUGUUGAUUCUGAUCAGUUCGAAACCAUGCUGGGAGGUCAUGCCAACGUUGAAACAGCAUACGGCUCCGCGUCAUCCACACUCGACUCCAAAGACAGCAGCCACACAAUCAAUUCACGCACUGGUCUCAUCUCAUCCCCUGGUAUCGUGCAGCCAGCCUAUUCCAACAUGCCCCAGCAGCUCAGCGGUAACAUGUCGGCAUCCAACGAGCCGCAGAUCACGCGAACCCGCCACCGCGUCAAGGAUCCUUACGCCAUUGACUUUUCCGAUGAGGACGACGACGAAGACUCGGAUCAGCUCACUGCCCUCCCAUCGAGUGGAUCCCAAGCACCCUCAUCACGCUCCGCAGCCCCCAAGCAGGAAAGCUUCAUGGACUUUCUCAACGCCAUGGAACCCCCAUCGACACAUGAACCCCAGCCAUUCAUGCUCAGCGAAGAAACCAUUGCUGCAGCAAGAGCGCGCGCACACUCCAACGCCGCAUCUACAUCUCGCAAUCUCAACGCCACCGCUUUAUCCUCGACAACCGUCUCUUCCGAUGCCCCCCGCGCGUAUAAGCCACGGAUACAAGCUAGAGCACCAGCAUAUGGUGAUGCCCGUGGUGGUCCCGUGGGAGGGGCCGGACGAACAGGUACGAGUGAUUUGGCUGAUUUCCUCAAGAAUUCCGGUCCCCCUGAGCCACCGGUGCGGACGCCUGCACCGCCGGUCAAGGAGGAGAAGAAGAGCCGGAAAUUCUGGAGGAGAUGA